UGAAUCGUGAUCUAUCCGAACACAGUUUUGUACGUUCCUAGUGGGUUUAAGGCUUUAAGCUGACAUUGGAUUGUUAUUACUGAGUUUGCAUUUUCAAUUGUCCAUAGGUGAUGAAUCUUUGCAAUAGCUACAAAAUCAUACCUUUUUACAAUCCUAAAGGAUUAUUUUAUCAUUGUUUGGAGUUUCCGUUUUGGGUAUAAUCUGGGCUGGACAAUCUCUCAUAUAUUUGAGAGGCUAACAAAAGGCAAAUUUUGAUAUUUAUCGUUGCCAAUUUUUCAAUGGAAUCACAAACCACCGACGAAGGGGAUCGGUUCUUCGUCGCACUCGACGACUUCCCGUUUUACGAUUGCCUUACCUUCGACCAAUCAGAUCCUUCCACGUCUGACUUAACCCCUACUCUUCGACGCCGAGGAAUCUCCUCCGAGGAACCCGGAGAUUCCCUUCCAGAAGCUUCCACCUUAAAAGACCACUCAGUAACCAGUUAUAGAGAGUCAAGGUACAAAAUUUUCCGCGAUUUGGAGGCAAAUGACGACACUUUCGAGAUAACUGAGUCAACUCGGGGUGGAUUCAACUCGACCCGCGUCAUAGAGGAAAUCGACGUCGAAUCCACUGUGACCACUGCGAGAAAUGAUGAAUUGAUUCACCGAGCCCGUAACUCGGCUGACGCGGGCGCCGAACUCAAUGAGUCACUAUAUUCUUCCUCGAGUUUGCUAGUGUUUAUAGUUGGUUUAGUGAUAGCGGUAAUCAGGCUUCAGUUAAAUUUGCUAAUAAGCUUCAUUACAUUACCGCUAUCAGUGUUUAGUUGGAACCUCAUCAUUACAAAGUAUCAUAAAUCUAUAUGGAACCUCAUCUUUAGAUUGGGUUGGGGAGCGUUGUGGGCUACAUAUGUAGGCUGUGUUUUAUGUGGGUUAUUGUUUACUUCACUUGUGAUUAGUGGGGUUUUGAUGAGGUAUUUGGUGGAGGAACCAUUGGAGAUAAAGGGAACCUUGAACUUUGAUUAUACUAAGAGUAGUCCGGUUGCAUUUGUUCCGAUUGUAUCUUGUGCUGGUGUUGGUUGUGGUGUCAAAGGUAUGGAGAAGAUAGAUGUUGGGAAGAACACGCGUUCCAGAGUCAUACCGCCUGAUCACAAAUUGCAGGUUACUGUUUCUUUGACAUUGCCAGAGUCAGAUUACAACAGAAAUCUUGGGAUGUUCCAGGUCAGGGUAGAUUUCCUGUCUUUUAAUGGCGAAGCACUUGCCACUUCAAGCCAUACAUGCAUGUUGAAAUUCAAAAGUGAGCCUAUCCGCCUUCUGCUGACAUUCUUCAAGGUUGCUCCUCUAAUCACUGGCUAUGUUUCAGAAGCGCAGACUCUGAAUCUGAAGAUUAGAGGUUUGAACGAAGGAAUUGUGCCUACUGCUUGCUUAAGGGUAGUACUUGAACAACGAGCAGAGUACAGGCCAGGUGCUGGUAUUCCUGAACUAUAUGAUGCAUCCCUCAUCCUUAAGUCGGAACUUCCUUUUAUCAAAAGAAUUAUAUGGUAUUGGCAGAGAACUAUAUUUAUAUGGGUCAGCAUUACAUCAUUUAUAAUGCAGUUACUCUUUACUUUAGUUUGUUGUAGACCUAUACUCAUUCCAAGAACAAGGACAAGACAUGGUUCUGCUAACAGCAGGUAUGCAUAGAAUAGCUGGCCAGCACAGAUUUGAAGCACUGCAGAAUUGAUGAUAAUAAUGCAAUUAAGAACUGGAAUCUUAGUUCAAUUGUUCAUGUAUCCACUCUUAAGAGGUGAUAUUCAAUAGGUUUGGGGUUCAAAUUUUAGCAUCUGUAAUUCUUUUCCUAUCCUCAAAUUAUGAUCUCAUUUAUACCCAAAAAAAAAAAAAAGAAUAAUAAUGCAAUUAAAGAUUUACCUAGUGUUUGCUUACAAAGUCGGGUAAAUUUGAUAGGGCAACGUCACUUUAUUUUGCCACCAUUUUUUUUUUAUUUUUUCAAACCUGAUGUAAAUGUAUCUACAGCCACUAGUUAUAUAGUUGAUGAGUAACUUAUAUUUGGCUGAUUAGUGGUUGCAUAGAUGAUGGAAAUAACGCAAAUGAAGAUUAUUGCCUUGGCUCUAUUCUCUAACACAACCAAGUAUA